AUCCUCCCGGCCCCCAGCUCUUGAAGAGGGCUAUGGCCAUUGUUUCGCUCCUGGUCUUUCCCCCCCUUCCUCCCGGUCUGAUUAAUUGAACUACCACCGCACAGUUUAAAAAGGACGGCAAGAUGGCUGAGAUGGGCAAGGGAGUCUCUGCAGGGAAAAUAGCCAGCAAUAUGCAGAAGAAGCUCACCAGGGCCCAAGAGAAGGUCCUCCAGAAACUUGGCAAAGCUGAUGAAACGAAAGAUGAGCAAUUUGAGCAGUGUGUGCAGAACUUCAAUAAGCAGCUGUCAGAAGGCUCCAAGCUGCAGAAGGAUCUCAGGACAUACUUGGCUUCAGUAAAAGCAAUGCACGAGGCCUCCAAGAAACUGACAGAAUGUUUGCAAGAAGUAUAUGAGCCCGAAUGGCCGGGAAGAGAUGAUACUAACAAAAUAGCAGAGAACAAUGACCUGCUGUGGACAGACUUCCAUCAGAAGCUAGUAGAUCAGGCACUGCUGACUAUGGACACCUACCUCGGCCAGUUCCCAGACAUAAAAUCUCGCAUUGCUAAACGGGGAAGGAAACUUGUGGAUUAUGACAGUGCCAGACAUCAUUAUGAAUCUCUACAGACUGCAAAGAAGAAAGAUGAUACCAAAAUUGCCAAGCCUGUCUCGUUGCUUGAGAAAGCUGCUCCUCAGUGGUGCCAAGGGAAGCUACAAGCGCAUCUCGUAGCUCAGACUAAUCUGCUGCGGAACCAGGCUGAAGAAGAGUUAGUAAAAGCCCAGAAAGUGUUUGAGGAGAUGAACAUUGAUCUUCAGGAAGAACUGCCUUCGCUAUGGAAUAGUCGUGUUGGUUUCUAUGUCAACACAUUCCAGAGUAUUGCAGGCUUAGAAGAGAACUUUCAUAAGGAAAUGGGCAAGUUGAACCAAAACUUGAACGAUGUCCUCGUGAGUCUAGAAAAAGAGCAUGCAACUGGUACCUAUCCUAUUAAAGCUCAGCCAAGAUCACUUACCUGUGCCGUCCUCAACAGAAAGAAAACUAAACUGUUCUCCAGGCUGAGGAAAAAGAUAAGCAGUGACAGUACUCCUGCAAAAGCAAACAAAACCCCCUCGUCUCCACCAGAUGGGACUCCCAUCACUAGCCCUGAGAUCAAGGCCAUCAACCAUGAGCCAGAGCCAUCUACUUUGGAAACACCUGGGGGAGGCAUCCCUAAGUCUCCAUCUCAGUUGAGGAAAGGCCCUCCCGUGCCGCCACCUCCAAAACUCACUCCAUCCAAGGAGAUGAAGCAGGAGAACAUCAUCAACCUGUUUGAUGACAAUUUUGUCCCAGAGAUCAGUGUGACAACCCCCUCACAGUUUGAUGCCCCUGGGCCUUUCCAGGAGGGAGCCAGCCUGUUGGAUCUGGAUUUUGAUCCCAUUAAACCAGAUAACAGCCCUGUAGGGAAGUCUCCCACACCUGCGGCCCAGUCUUUGCCUUGGGAUUUAUGGGAGCCUGAAAAGACUCCCUCUAGCAGCAUGCAAUCUAUGGAUCAGUUUCCUGCUGAUAAUACUAGCGAUAGUGCGUUCGUGGUGGACUGGCCCGACCAGCCCACUGAGACUGAGAUCAGCCAAUCCACAGAAGCCGCUUCUGCUGGUGCUGAGGUGGCUGGCAAAGAAACAGCAGCUGGAGCUGGAGCAGCUAAAACCGAAACUGACUCAGGAUCUGCCUCAAGCUCUCUGCCUGCUGUAGUUGUGGAGACCUUCCCAGCCACAGUCAAUGGAACAGUCGAGGGUGGAGCCCCCUCUGAAAGGGCUGACAUGCCACCUGGCUUCCUAUUUAAGGUGCAAGCCAUGCACGACUAUGCAGCCACUGAUAGUGAUGAACUACCAUUGAAGUCUGGAGAUGUUGUCCUGGUGAUUCCAUUUGACAACCCUGAAGAGCAGGAUGAAGGAUGGCUGAUGGGUGUGAAAGAGUCUGAUUGGCUCCAGCACAAAGAACUUGACCAAUGCCGAGGAGUAUUCCCAGAGAAUUUUACAGAGCGAGUGCAGUGAGGUCCUGAGGCUGCUAGGUCAUCUUCCCUGCAGCAAGAAUUACAUUUUUCCCUCCUGGGGAAAAACUAAAAAACAAAAAACUUUAAAAAAAAUGAAAGAGAUAAUUUUAAAGGAACAAAAGCCUAAAGGUGGGGUUCUUCACAGAAAACAAGGUUUUAGAAGUACAUUGAAUUUAAAGUGUUGUUCUCAAAUAUAUAGGUAAUAAAGAAAGACAGGUUGAAAAAAGUACUUUUUCCUUUUGAUUUGAACUGUUUUGGUGUUCAGAAGGUGGUCAUCAAAGUGACUGAAUAAUCUUGUGCGAAUUGGAUUUAGGGUGUGUCCAGCAUCGUAAACUGCGAACUACUGACUGUCCCAUUUAUCCUGAAACUACACAAUAAAGUUUUCCUUGUGGGAAGGUGUAGUCAACCUGUCUUGUGGCCAAGGUUGCUUACGUGGCAUCCCCCAGAUUUCAGACCCUGUACCUAUUCAAAACCUGCUGCCAUAAGCCCAAUGCCUGUCAUGCUAUUGAAAAGAAAUAUUAGUGUACAGUGUUCACAAAUUAUGAUUAUAUAUAAUGUGUGUGCGUGUGUUCUUCCUCCGGCAAAUGUAACAAGAACUGUGAUUUGUUUUUUCUACAUUUAAAUGCAAAGAAAGUUACCUGUGAGUGCACAUGCAAAAGAAAAAUGAGAAGCUACACCUGAUCCAAAGCUCCUUCAAACACGUGGUUUGAAAUAUUAUAUUGACAUCUGCUAAUUUUUGUCCUUAAAAGAAGUAAAAGUAAAACAUGACUGA